AUGAAUAGUUUUAGAGCCGAAGAGGAGCUACCCCUACAAGGCAGUAUUGUACAAAUCCCAUUGAUAAUAGAAAAUGAGGCAACAUCGACAACACUUUCGAAAAGUUGGAUUUGGGUUCAUGUUACUAAAGCUGAUUACGAACCCAGCGACGACCCCAACUUCAUCAACAUUUCACUAGUUGCAAUUUGGCAAGAGGGAUACUAUCAUGCAACGAUCACCAAGCAGAACAUUUACGGCAUUUUCGACAAUUUGUCAUCAACAAAAAUCAAAGUCAGUCGCGACAAGGCGUACGAUGUGUUUACGGAUUUGUUUCCACUAGAUUUAGAGACCUUUUUGGAAAGUGGAAAUAAAGUUGGAGUGCACACACUGCUUUUAAUCGGUGCAAAGAUACGUGUACUGGAAAGUCGUUUCAGGAAAGGUGAAGGCCUCAAUACAGACACCUUGCAGAUACAAAUCAAAAGUAGCGGAACGUUCAACCCAACAAUUGGAAAGUUUGACAUGCAGUCAGUGGAUUUUGAGACGUCGGAAAAUUUGAAAAAUGAGGGUAAUUUAUUCAAUUGGAUGGAGUUGCUUUACUACCAAAGGCAAGAAGUCACCAGAAGAUAUAUUCAAGAUAAGGCAGAGAAAGAACGACUACAAACAGAUAAUAAUCUUUUGCAACAAGCAAUGGAACAAACAAAGAUUGAUUUCGAAGAUAUCAGAGUAGAUAUGGAAUCCAAAUUUUAUCAAGAAAUGAACUUGAAGAAGGAUGUCAUAUACGAAUUGGCAAGAAAUGAUCUACCAAAAACUGAGUUGCUUGGGUUGAAUGCCAAUUUCUUGAAUAAUGCCAUGGUUCAAAACAAUGGGAAAGGUGUAACCAAUCCAAAAGAAAGGUAUAAUCGGAGAAAGCGGUCCAAGAAAAUGAAGGCAGUCAGUUCGAAGAAACAGAAAAUGAAUACGAGAAAAGUCGAUAGUGAGGAUGAUUUUGAAGAAUACAAAGAUGACACUGAUUUUACUGAUGUUGAUGAAAUCGAUGAAAAUUAUGGACAUUUGGCAUACACCAAGGUCAAAAAAGAGCCGAGACUCAAACAUGCAUCGAAAUCUCAUGAUGGAGAGAAUGGUUCUUGGUUGAAUGUAAAGGGAGAGACAGGAGUGAAGAAAGAACCCGUGGUGAAGAUAGAGCCGGAAGUAGGUUCAGGGGUGGAUCCUUCCGAUAAUGGUUCCGAUUUUGGUUUUCGUCCCGAACGUGAGCGCAUUACGCUAACUGCGCCUAGAUCUCCUGAAUUGAAGGAUGAUUCAAAUUCUGUAAGAGUAAAACCAGAUCCGUAUCCUAACAGUACACCAUUUAACCCAGACGCCUUUUCAUUACGAAACGAAGAUUCUCAAGAUACCUUGAAAGUAGAGAGUCUAUUAAGGCGAUCUCGAAAUCCUUCGUUGAACUUGGAGACUGAUCGUGAAGUGUUCAACAAUGUUACGCGUGUUGAAUCGCAACAAGGAGAUGAAGGUGGUGAAGAAGACGUAGAGGAAGAAAAAGAAAGCAACGAAGAAAAGGAUGGCGAAAAAGGAAAUCAAGAUGGUGAAUAUCAAACUGAAUAUAGCUUUGAUGAAAGUGAUGAUUCUGACGGGACAUCGGGUCAAGAUGAUGAGCUCAAGGACAAGGGCAGGAAUGAGGAUAAGGAUGAGAAGGUGACUCGAACUGGUGAAAAAGGCAACAAUUUAGAGAAUGAAAACUUUGAAGACUCAUUCAUUGAAGAUAGCCUUGACAAGAGUGUUUUCGAAUCUAAACCAGACGCAAACAAUUCAUUUCAAGAUAGAACCGACUAUUCAGAAAAAGAACCAAAAGCAAAGAGUGAACGAAAUCUUCCACCCACCAACCAACGAGCGAGAAGUCAAGCAGAGGUGGAGACAGAUUAUAGUAAUGCAGAUGAUGAUGAUUAUGAUGAUGAUGAUGAUUAA